GGCGGCCGGUGGCGGCUUGUUCGCCAAAGUGAAGAAGGUGGCGAGCAAAAUAUCCGAAUGAAAUUAAUAGAAUGUUGUUGAAAUUGUGUAUAUGCCAAUGAAUCAUCGAGUGUUACCCAUGCCCUUGGCCCCCGUGAUGCAAAUGUGUAUGAUGAGCAGUAUGCGGAUGUUACGAUCUGAUUAUCCUGCUGCACCAGCAGGUCUAGUAGAUAAAUGCCUACAUGAUCUCUAGCCAAAAAUAGAAAUAAGCUGCACAGCACAGUAUAAUUUCAGCAACAUUUUUCCUCGUGACGCAAAACUGGCGUGACGAGAAUCUUCGAGCUGCAAGAAGCUCUGUGCGGGAGCAACGACCGAAACUUCGGGGCUAUCAUGGGCCUGCACCCCUGCAAGUCCGUGGAGGAAAAGUCCUGCAACUUGGUCGGCGCUAUGUGUGCACAGGUAGAUAUAAUUUGAUCAUAGUACGUGUACGAUGCACAGGUGUAAUAAUGUAGUGAGAGUAGGUUAAUACUAAUAUUAGGCACCUUCUUAUUCUUUUGCCUCGGCAUCACAGGCAAAACGCCCCAACUACUGCUUUUAAAUCCAGGUGCCGAAAAAGCUUUUUCCUCGAAUGACCGACGGGAUGCGCACGAAGGUGGGGAAAAAGUGCAACACCAACGACAUCACGCUCGGGGUGCCCCAGCAGAUGCCCGACCACAACUGCAACGCACGGUUUCUGGACAUGCCGUACAUGAUGAAGAACGCGGUCGCGGAUUUUCAGGGCAGCGUUUACACGAUGAUCAAGAGCAACUACUACCUCAACGCGGCCGCCCAGCUUGCGGGCAUCACAAAAUUCCCCGUCGACGCCACCCCGGCGCAAACCGUGUGGGGCACCGCGAUUCACGGCAAGACCGGCUCGUGGUCGAUGGACAGCGGAACCCCGGAGAUCUACGACCACAUCUACCGAGUCCCGCAGUACCUAUCAAAUUUUGCAACAUUGGCGUGGUGGUACUGUAUGAUGAAAGUACAUCAAGAAAAAUUAAGCUUUUUACAUCGCCUCUACAAUGCCGGUCGUCUUCACGAAGCUGUGUACGAGACGAGAUGUAGUUGGGAAAAGAAAGGGACGCAUAAUAUCACAUCCCAACAAUAUGUUUUUUUUGCAUGGUCAUACCUUCAACCUCUACGUCUACCGCCACGCCACAUAUUUGAAAUCGAUACCCUUUACCCGGCUUCCCCCCUGCUAUGCUGGAAAAGGCGAUCCCGAAGGCGAUGAAAAUCAUGGCCGGCGAGCUGGAGUACGGCUACGUCGGCAAAUAUGGGAGUGUCAGGAUCGAAAUCGUCAAAGUUGAAAUAAUCUGUAAUGCAAAAAAGCGAUACCAGCUGGAGCCCAGUUUGCAAGUGGCGCAUGACAAAUUUUGGCAGCAUGGAGAUCCAAUUUACCAUGCUGUUUGAGCAGAGAAGACUGCUUUUGUCAUGUUAUUCUAACAGCUCUAUCUCACACCCCAAACAGGCUUAUAAUCGGCCUGAGUUGCCUGCUCUGCAAGACAGGCACUUUGCGUCUAGCAUUUUAUGCAUCACAAACUAUUUCAACUUUGACGAUUUCAAUCCUGACGCUUCCAUAGCAAAGACGACACCUACAUUUGCGACUCCCGCGACAACCCGAGCCAGUGCGCCUUGAUCGGUGGGGACCUGUGGAAAUGCCUCAAACACUACGACGCCAAGAAGUGCCACUUUUGCGAGAACGCGGGUGACUCGCUGCGGUGCGAGGUAAGGGGAUGGAACUCGCACGGGGAGUUCUGGGAGCGCGUGCCCAUCUACCCCCGGGACGUGCUGGGCGAGAUGUUCCGCGACGAGUGGCGCGACUUCUACGCCCGACCGCUCAUGACGCAGGUGGACAUUCCGAAGUCGAUCACGCGGAACGUGACUAACUUCAAAACUCUGCCCUGGUACAUGGUGCAGGACGCCGCGCCGGAAUACGACCUAAAGUCCCGCAUGUACCUGUUUCCCUUCGCCGAGGCCACGCCGACGAAGGUGCUGAUGCGAUAAUUUUUCGCUACCGCUUUCGUCGUACUAAAAGUAAAACCAACCAAGUUGCAUUUGCAAAAUGAAAGGAAAAUUGAAUCCUACGUACGUGCUGCUCGCGUGAAGUUGUGACACCUAGUCCACUAUAAUUGAUGAGUGCUAUAAUUCAAUCUUACGUUUGCGUUUCUGAAUUCAGUACGAGAACUACAACAGUUUCUUGUUUCUCGGUACUGUUGCUCUUUGUUCGACAAGGAGAAGGACAGUAGAACUUCGCUUCUUCCGUAUACAACUGUUUCGGAUUUUUGUAGAAGAACGUAAAUAAGAAAGACAGAUGAAUCGACACGGUUUCGUAAGAAAAAUAAACUGAUACAGAGGAAAGCAAAA